CGCUCCCUGCCUCCAGCCGCUUCCAGUCCUGCGCACUGGGCGUGCGGCUGGCGGGGCGGGGCGGACUCCGGCAGCCAAUCGCAGGGGCCGCCGGCCGGGCUGCCACAGAGGGAUGGAGGCUGAGAGCAGGGUACCGGGGCCCCCGCUCUCCGGCUCCCCGCCUGGCGGCGGGGGAGGAGCCGCUGCUGUUGAGCCCCGGCCGGGCCCCCCCGGCGCAGCGCGGGCCCCGCCGCCCCCCGCCUCCCCGGAGCAGCUGGCCUUUGACGACGACGAGGAAGACCUGGAGGUGUUCAGCAAGGAUACAUCACUGACUGAGGCAAAUUCAUUCAGUCCUUUGAUACCAACAUCCCCCUCUUCUAUGAUAAACCAGUACAAGUUUGAAGAUGAGCCAGAAUUAAGGGAUCUCUUCAUUACUGUUGAUGAUCCUGAAAGUCACAUUACUGCCAUUGAGACUUUCAUUACCUAUAGAGUUGUUACAAAGACAUCUCGUGGUGAGUUUGACUCCAGUGAAUAUGAAGUUCGAAGACGAUAUCAAGAUUUCCUUUGGUUGAAGAGCAGACUUGAAGAAGCACAUCCAACACUGAUUAUUCCUCCAUUGCCUGAAAAAUUUAUAAUGAAAGGAAUGGUGGAACGAUUCAGUGAUGAAUUCAUUGAGACUCGAAGGAAAGCAUUGCAUAAAUUUUUGAACCGAAUUGCUGAGCAUCCAACUUUGACUUUUAAUGAAGACUUCAAAAUAUUUCUUACGGCACAAACCUGGGAACUUUCAUCUCACAAGAAGCAGGGUCCUGGCUUGUUUAGCAGGAUGGGACAAACUGUAAGAGCUGUAGCAUCCUCAGUAAGAGGAGGAGGAGUUAAAAAUCGUCCUGAUAUGUUUACAGAUAUAAAUGACUAUAUGGAAACAUUUAAUCAGAAAAUAAACUUGCUAGACAAAAUAUCCCAAAGAAUUUACAAGGAAGAAAGGGGGUAUUAUUGUGAAAUGAAGGAAUAUGGUCCAAUCCAUACUCUUUGGUGUGCAUCAGAAGAAGAUCUAGUAGAUUCGCUGAAAGGUGUUGCCAGCUGCAUUGACAAGUGCUGCAAAGCUACUGAGAAUCGAAUGGCAGGACUAUCAGAAAAUUUGCUGCCUGUUCUACAUGAAUAUGUUCUCUACAGUGAAAUAUUAACGGGUGUUCUGAAAAGAAGAGACCAAAUUCAGGCAGAGCUUGAUUCCAAAGUUGAUGCUUUAUCCAAUAAAAAGGCAGAAAAGGAUCUGCUUACAGAAGAGAUUGGAAAUCUUGAAGAUAAAGUGGAAUGUGCCAAUAAUGCUCUGAAAGCUGACUGGGAUAGAUGGAAACAAAACAUGCAACAUGAUAUGAAAACAGCAUUUCUUAAUGUGGCCGAAAAUAAUAUCCACUAUUAUGAACAGUGCCUUGCUACCUGGGAGUCCUUCCUGACAUCUCAAACAGUGGAUCUUCACUUGGGAGAAGAUUCUGAAGAUAAGCCUUGAAUAUAUUUCCAAUUGAUCUUCAGUGCAGUUUCUGCCAACCAAAGAAGUGCUCUUUAUAUGAGAUCAGAUACAUUAUGAAAUAAAACUGUAAGAAUCAGUGACAUCUGGAAAACCAGCCUAUUGAAAACUCAGGUAUUCUAGUGUCCUGAGCUACAUUUUUGGAUCAUGGUAUAUAUUGCUAUAUAUUGCUCAGUAAUGAUUUUACACAUUAUAAGCAAACACUUGCAUAAAAUUGUUUUCUUAAAUAUUGUGUAAUUUGGAUAAAAAUAUUUUAAAUAUGUAAAAACUCAAUUUUAAUAAAAAGUUUAAUACAAAA